CCUGCACUGCGGUGUUUCCCGCGCGGGCUAUCCCAGUUGGCGGGCGAACGGCGCGGCCUUUCUUAGCGCCGGCGGCGCUGCCGCAGUCAUGGGGUUCCUGAAGCUGAUUGAGAUCGAGAACUUUAAAUCGUACAAGGGUCGGCAGAUUAUCGGACCAUUUCAGAGGUUCACCGCCAUCAUUGGACCCAAUGGCUCUGGUAAGUCAAAUCUCAUGGAUGCCAUCAGCUUUGUGUUGGGUGAGAAAACCAGCAACCUGCGGGUAAAGACCCUAAGGGACCUGAUCCACGGAGCUCCUGUGGGCAAACCAGCAGCCAACCGAGCCUUUGUCAGCAUGGUCUACUCUGAAGAGGGUGCUGAGGACCGCACGUUUGCCCGUGUCAUUGUUGGAGGUUCCUCUGAGUACAAGAUCAACAACAAAGUGGUCCAGCUACAUGAGUACAGUGAGGAAUUAGAAAAGUUGGGCAUACUUAUCAAAGCUCGUAACUUCCUCGUCUUCCAGGGUGCUGUGGAAUCUAUUGCCAUGAAGAACCCCAAAGAGAGGACAGCUCUUUUUGAAGAGAUCAGUCGCUCUGGGGAGCUGGCCCAGGAAUAUGACAAGCGAAAAAAGGAAAUGGUAAAAGCUGAAGAGGACACACAGUUUAAUUACCAUCGCAAAAAAAACAUUGCAGCUGAACGGAAGGAGGCCAAACAAGAAAAAGAAGAGGCUGACCGCUACCAGCGCCUGAAGGAUGAGGUGGUGCGAGCUCAGGUACAGUUGCAGCUUUUCAAACUUUAUCAUAACGAAGUGGAAAUCGAGAAGCUCAACAAAGAACUGGCCUCUAAGAACAAGGAAAUAGAGAAGGACAAGAAGCGGAUGGACAAGGUAGAGGAUGAGCUGAAGGAGAAGAAGAAGGAGCUGGGCAAAAUGAUGCGGGAACAACAGCAGAUUGAGAAGGAGAUCAAGGAGAAGGACUCAGAGCUGAACCAGAAGAGGCCUCAGUACAUCAAGGCCAAGGAAAAUACUUCCCACAAAAUCAAGAAGCUGGAAGCAGCCAAAAAGUCACUACAGAAUGCUCAGAAGCAUUAUAAGAAGCGUAAAGGUGACAUGGAUGAGCUGGAAAAGGAGAUGCUGUCAGUGGAGAAAGCUCGGCAGGAGUUUGAGGAACGGAUGGAAGAGGAAAGUCAGAGUCAGGGCAGAGAUUUGACUUUGGAGGAGAAUCAGGUGAAGAAAUAUCACCGGUUGAAAGAAGAAGCCAGCAAGAGAGCAGCUACCCUGGCCCAGGAGCUGGAGAAGUUUAAUCGAGACCAGAAGGCCGACCAGGACCGGCUGGAUCUGGAAGAACGGAAGAAAGUAGAGACAGAGGCCAAGAUCAAGCAAAAGCUGCGGGAGAUUGAAGAGAAUCAGAAACGGAUUGAGAAACUAGAGGAAUACAUCACAACCAGCAAGCAGUCUCUAGAGGAGCAGAAGAAACUAGAGGGGGAGCUGACAGAGGAGGUGGAGAUGGCCAAGCGGCGUAUUGAUGAGAUUAAUAAGGAGCUGAACCAGGUAAUGGAGCAGCUGGGGGAUGCCCGCAUCGACCGCCAAGAGAGCAGCCGCCAACAGCGAAAGGCAGAAAUUAUGGAAAGCAUCAAGCGCCUGUACCCUGGUUCUGUGUACGGCCGCCUCAUUGACCUCUGCCAGCCCACACAAAAGAAGUAUCAGAUUGCAGUAACCAAGGUUUUGGGCAAGAACAUGGAUGCUAUAAUUGUGGACUCAGAGAAGACAGGCCGGGACUGCAUUCAGUAUAUCAAGGAGCAGCGUGGGGAGCCUGAGACCUUCUUGCCUCUUGAUUACCUGGAGGUAAAACCUACAGAUGAGAAACUCCGGGAGCUGAAGGGGGCAAAGCUGGUGAUUGAUGUGAUUCGCUAUGAGCCACCUCACAUCAAAAAGGCCCUGCAGUAUGCUUGUGGCAAUGCCCUUGUCUGUGACAAUGUGGAGGAUGCCCGCCGCAUUGCCUUUGGAGGCCACCAGCGCCACAAGACAGUGGCACUGGAUGGGACCCUGUUCCAGAAGUCAGGGGUGAUCUCUGGCGGGGCCAGUGACCUGAAGGCCAAGGCCCGACGCUGGGAUGAGAAAGCAGUAGACAAGUUGAAAGAGAAAAAGGAGCGGUUGACAGAAGAGCUGAAGGAGCAGAUGAAGGCAAAGCGAAAAGAGGCAGAACUACGUCAGGUGCAGUCUCAGGCCCACGGACUGCAGAUGCGGCUCAAGUACUCACAGAGUGACCUAGAACAGACCAAGACACGGCAUCUGGCCCUUAAUCUGCAGGAAAAGUCCAAGCUGGAAAGUGAGCUAGCCAACUUUGGGCCUCGAAUCAAUGAUAUCAAGAGGAUCAUCCAGAGCCGAGAGAGGGAAAUGAAAGACUUAAAGGAGAAGAUGAACCAGGUAGAGGAUGAGGUAUUUGAGGAGUUUUGUCGGGAGAUUGGUGUGCGCAAUAUCCGGGAGUUUGAAGAAGAGAAGGUGAAGCGGCAGAAUGAAAUCGCUAAGAAGCGUUUGGAAUUUGAGAAUCAGAAGACUCGUUUGGGUAUCCAGUUGGAUUUUGAAAAGAACCAGCUGAAGGAGGACCAGGAUAAAGUACACAUGUGGGAGCAGACAGUGAAAAAAGAUGAAAAUGAGAUAGAAAAGCUCAAGAAGGAGGAGCAAAGACAUAUGAAGAUCAUAGAUGAGACCAUGGCGCAGCUACAAGACCUGAAGAACCAGCACCUGGCCAAGAAGUCAGAGGUGAAUGACAAGAACCACGAGAUGGAGGAGAUUCGUAAGAAACUGGGGGGCGCCAACAAGGAAAUGACCCAUUUGCAGAAGGAAGUGACAGCCAUUGAGACCAAGCUUGAACAGAAGCGCAGUGACCGCCACAACCUGCUACAGGCCUGCAAGAUGCAGGACAUCAAGUUGCCACUGUCUAAGGGCACCAUGGAUGAUAUCAGUCAGGAAGAGGGUAGCUCCCAAGGGGAGGAUUCAGUGAGUGGCUCCCAACGGACUUCCAAUAUCUAUGCACGAGAGGCUCUCAUCGAGAUUGACUACGGUGACCUGUGUGAGGAUCUGAAGGAUGCCCAGGCUGAGGAGGAAAUCAAGCAGGAGAUGAACACGCUGCAGCAGAAGCUGAAUGAGCAGCAGAGUGUGCUCCAGCGUAUUGCUGCCCCCAACAUGAAGGCCAUGGAAAAGCUGGAAAGUGUCCGAGACAAGUUCCAAGAGACCUCAGACGAAUUUGAGGCAGCCCGAAAGCGAGCCAAGAAGGCCAAGCAGGCAUUUGAACAGAUCAAGAAGGAACGCUUUGACCGCUUCAAUGCCUGUUUUGAAUCGGUGGCCACCAACAUUGAUGAGAUCUACAAGGCCCUGUCUCGUAACAGCAGUGCUCAGGCGUUCCUGGGCCCUGAGAACCCUGAGGAGCCCUACUUGGAUGGCAUAAACUACAACUGUGUGGCUCCUGGCAAACGCUUCCGACCCAUGGACAACUUGUCAGGGGGCGAGAAAACAGUUGCAGCUCUGGCCCUGCUCUUUGCCAUCCACAGCUACAAGCCAGCCCCUUUCUUCGUCCUGGAUGAGAUCGAUGCUGCCCUGGAUAACACCAACAUUGGCAAGGUGGCAAAUUACAUCAAGGAGCAGUCAACUUGCAACUUCCAGGCCAUCGUCAUUUCUCUCAAGGAGGAGUUCUACACCAAGGCUGAGAGCCUCAUUGGAGUCUACCCUGAGCAAGGGGACUGUGUGAUCAGCAAAGUCCUGACCUUCGACCUCACCAAGUACCCAGAUGCCAACCCCAACCCCAAUGAGCAGUAGCAGUAGUUCUGCCCUCCUACCCAGUCUGGAUCCUUAAGCUGCCCCUCUCCCAAUCUCUGGAUAUUUGGUUCCCAACCUUCCCCUACUUCCUGUCCCUGUUUGGUGUAAUCAUGGGAUUUAGGCACUGCUAUCAAGCACGAAGAGGAACAGAGGUGAUGUUAGUUCUGGAGCAAAAAUUCCUGAGUUUCAGGGAGCAUCCUGGCCUCUGGAAGGAGGUGGUGAGCUGAGCUGAACUGAGCUGAACAGGGCCAUCUGUCCAUCCCCCUUCCCUCCCUUCCAGACCUUCUCCCAUCAUCCAUAAUCAUGGGUCCUCUGGGCCCCCUUGCAUUUUGCUUAUGUGUGAGUAUGUAUGUGUGUGUAUAUAUGUCUGCAUGUGUGCAUGUGGGUGUGCUUGCAAAAUAAUAAAGAUAAUAGAGACCCAUUUUAGAAGGAGCCUAGGCUGAAUUUGAUUCCAAGAGAGCUUAGUAUGACAGCACCCCGGAGCUGGGCAGAAGUAUUCCGGACCUCAUAGGAUUCAGGCAGUUACGUGAAACUGCCCUCAUUCAUGUUUUCAUUCAUUUUGUGUGUUAAUCAGACACAUACUGAACACCUAUUUGUCAGACUGUAUGCUAGGAAUACAGAACUGAGUCAGACAUGAUCUCUACCCUCCUACUAGGAAGAUGCUAGUUCAUGAGUUCCCAUGGUUAGGUGAAUCAGGUAUAGGUGCUUUGAAUUUGAAAAGAGGACGAUCACCUCCAGGCUUUCCGGAGGUCACUUUUGAACUGGACCUUAAGUUGGUAGGAUUUGGUUGGGUACUAAGAGCAGAGCCUGGGCUCUGGGGACAAUUCUAGUCCCAUUUUUUAUUACUUUCUAGUUUGAUGCUGGGCAAGUCAUUUGACCUUUCUGUGCCUCAGUUUCCUCAUUUAUAAAAUGGGGCUAACAGUAUUUACCUACCUCAUAGGAUUUAGUGAUGUCAAACUCCUCACUGGAGGCCUUAUCCUUGCUUAGAGCCCAGUAGGUGCCAACACCUCAGAAUACAAGUCUUCACAUGCCUAACGCCUGAGGGUUUCUGAUCCCAAUUGUUAAGGACAGAAGGAGCCUCCAGAUUUGGGAGAUGGUGAAUGCUCUGGUUAUUGGAGAAGUUCCAGGGCAUUGAUGGGGUUUACCUGGUAAGUGGAGGGCCUAAGGAACCCUGUAGCUUAAAUCACAUAGAACUGAGUGCCUAAAUCUCAACCUGGGUUGUGAGGAGGUAGGGGAGAGGUAGCCUGGGCCACAUCCUGGCUAAAUGUGUGUGAUGUUCCUUUUGGGAAAUAACUGUUAGUUGCAGAGGCAGCUCAGUGUGCUGCCAUGAGAUCAGUCUUUGCUACUUCACAUAUACCAUCAGACCAUCACCUUGUCCUGAUCUGUAUACUACAUUUUUGUUUUUUAAAAGUUUAAUCAAUUGUAAUUACCGAAGUAAUGAGUGAAUUUUCUUUUUAAGAAAUUAGAUUGUUGCAAACAAUAGUAGUCAUUCAACUACCAUUCUCCCGUCCCAUCUAAAUUGCUGUAAUGUCUGUUGUACAUCCAUCUUAACUUUAAGACUUUUACAUGUGAAUUCAUUGAAUAUAUUGUGUUUAAUGCAGAUGAUAUAUUGACUCAUUCUGCAGUUUUCUUUCUUUGCUCAGCUAUAUUUUUGAGAUUUAUGCAUGUUGCUAAAUGUAGAAGCAGUUCAUCCUCUGUAAUUGUUAGGUGGAUUGCCAUUAUGUGACUCUACCACAUUUUAUUUACCCAUUUCUCAUGUGAUAGACUGUUUUCUGUUUUUGCUUUUAUAGGAUGCUAAGCAGGAGCAUUUGUGUGUGUGUGUGUGAAAACUUACCUAGGGUAGAUUCCUAGAAAUUGAAUUGCAGAGUCAUAGGCUAUUUAUACUUUUGUUUUUAAUAGAUACUGCCAAAUUGCCCUCCUGUACUACUUACCCAGUAUUUUUCUUGAGGUUGUCUUAGGUCUAAUAUUGUUAUCUACUUUAGUUUCAUCCUAAGUAGCGAUAACCGUGAAACAAUGGGUUUGAUGUGCUAAGUAUGUAUUUUCUAAUACAUAUGAAAAGGGACAACUAUCAAGACAAAAUAAAUUUAUCUGUGUUCAACCAAAGAAAUCACAUACCACUUGUGGUGUGUGUGCCAUAAUUUGGGAAAUGCUGGCAUAUGUGGAAAAGCACAAUUUGGGAGUCACCCUGAUUCAAAUCCUAUCUGUAGAAACUUGAGCCCGUUAUUUCACCUCCCUGAGCCUCGGUUUCCUCACAAAGGAAAGGAGGUAAUAUACACCUACCUUGCAGCCAUGUAAGGAAGAUGAAAUAUAUCUAAAGCAAUUUGGCUGACAUCUAGAUCAUCACAGGCUUUUAAAGGUAGUAAUUGCUAUUCUUCCCACUUUACAGAUGAGGAGACUGAGGCCCAGGAAGGUGAAGUAACCCAGCUACCAGGUAGCAGUGAAGGUUUGAACCCAGGCCCUCCAAUUCAGUCUUGUGUUUUCUCAUUGUGAGGGUGGUUAUCAACCUUGGCUGUUCACUGGAAUCACCUGUGAAGCUUUUUCUUUUUCUUUUUUUCUGUCUGCACUGUGUGGCUUGCAGGAUCUCAGUUCCCCAACCAGGGAUUGAACCUGGGCCGUGGUAGUGAAAGCCCAGAAUCCUGACCACUAGGCCACCAGUGAACUCCCUCUUUUUCCUUUUUAAGAAUCAAAGCAAUAUAUAUACCAGUUAGAAAAUAAAAUAAUACAGAAGGGCUUAUAAUGAAAAGCAGCAGUUCCUUGCUGCACUCCCAUGUCCAAAGGAUGUGGAGCUCCUUGCUCUGGUCCCACACCUGGAAAUCUAAUUUAGUAGGUGUGGAUGAUAAUCUGGGUAACUGCCUCAGGCUAAGGCCCUGGUACAUGGGAACAAAAGUGCUACAAAGGAUUUAAAUCCUGAGGCUCAGAGAGGUGAGAUGACUUGUCUUGAGAUCCCAGUGGUUCCAUUGCAGAGUCUAGACUUCAACUAGGAUCUCCUCUGUUUGCCCAGUGCUUUCUCUUGUGUCACAGUGCCUCCUAUCAUCACAAGGCAACACAUGCUCAGUGCAGGCUGUGCCCAGAAGAGAGCGGACACUCGUGUGUUUCCAAGAGCCAGCUGGACCUGAGUGAAAUCCCUAGGGCUAGUUGGGGGACACUGGGUUGACUCCCUUAUGUUCUGGACCUAGUGGCCUUAGUCUGGGGACACAAACAUGAACCAAAUCUUUAUCCUGUCCUUAAGGAGUUCAGUGUCUAGUUGGGGAGGCAAUUCAUAAACCAAUGUGAUCAGCGCUGUGACAGGAGCAUGGAUAUAGGAAGGGCAUCUGGCUUAGGUAGAGGUUCAGGGGAGACAUCCUCUAGUCUAGGGGUGAAACCUGAGCUGAGUCUCAAAGGGCUGGUAGGAAUUAGCCAGUUGAGUUGGAAGGGAUUUCCAGGUAGUGGGAACAGUAUGCACAAGACCUGUGGUCAAGAAACAGCCCACCAGUUCAGAAAUACUGAGCCAUAAGGUUUCCUGGGCUGGGGAAAAGUAGCAAGAAGUGAAGGUGGAGAGGUAGUCAGGAACCAGAUUUGAAGAGAGUCGUAAGAGCCUGGCUAUAGAACAGACUUACCUCAUAGAACAGUUUGGUUCCCUCACUGGCUGUAUACCAGAAACACAUGGUGCAUCCUGGAUGACAUCCCCCUACCACCACCUAAAAAUUCAGUUUCCAUAACUGGGUAGGGGCCUCAGGAUCUGGAGAGCUUAUAAAUGUGAGGAUGUAACUAGGGUGCAGCCAGGUUUGGGAACUGUGGGUUGGAGACAGCAGAGGAGACUAGAUAAGAAACAAGCCCCUUUCUGGCUAGCCAGUGUGAAAGCAGAUUAGGUUAGAUGCUCAAACUAUAUGCUUCCUUAGUUUCCCAGUUCAAUUCUCACACUUUUAUAUUUGCCUGUUUUAUCUCUCCAAAUAAGCUAUAAGCCCCAUGGGGGUGGGGCUAUCUUGCUACUAGUAUACACCCAGCAAAAAGCACAGUGCCUGACCCCAAAUAGACAUCCAAAAAAUAGUUUUUGAAUGAAUGAAUGCAUGUGUGAAGGAGAAAGUGGAGACAUAUUAGUUAGGGAACUAUUGAAAAUACUAGUCUACUGAAGGGCAAGGGCAGUGGGACUGGAUUGGAGAUGAUAAGGUGUGAGCCAUUAAAGGAAGAGGUGAAGCAGACUUGGUGACUGAUUAUUGGAUGUGAAGUGUGACUGGGAGGAUAGAAUGGAUGCUUGUUAAUAGCCAAGAUUCCUACUCUGUCCCAAUCAUUCUCUUUCAUCAUCUAUCUGAAUCAGAAUCUCCCUCCAGCCUCCUCAGCAAUUGAAAUUCCUCAAGUUAAGUAAGCAUUCUGUGUGUGCUGUGUGGUCUCCCCCUCCUCCCCAGCCAUUGAUUCAUUCACUGAGUUCAAUAAAUCUUGGCUAAGCACCUCCUGUGCCCUUCCAAGGUGGGACUCUUGACUCCCUCUUCCCUACCUCAGAUGUUUUUGAGGGCUUCCCCAGAUAAGACUUACAUCCCUUAUACAGUAACCUAAAGGGAGAUACUCAACAACACCAGACCUGUAAGGGAACCUACAGACUUCGUCCAGUCCCCUAAGAAGAAACUUGCCUAAGGCCCCACUACUAGGAAAUGUAGGAGCCAGAACUGGAACCUAAGUUCCCUUUCCACAUUGCCCCUAGAGCCUUGAUUUCUCCCAUUGCAGAUCAGAACAGGCAGAAAAGGCCAAGGAGAAGGUUGGCUUUUGAAAGUCACUGGUACUGGACAGGCGAACAAGAAGCUUGCCAGUUACACUGCUCCCUUUUGGAAGCCCUCAGCAGACCUGCCAUGCCCACAGUCCCUUUUAAGGGGUUUCUUAAGCAUGAGUUGCCAUGCUCUGUACCAUGUGACCUCACAAUCCUGGCCACAGAUGACAAAGUUGGGAUAGUAUCUUACUCAUGGACAGCCAGUCUCUAAGCUGGAUGAUGGCCUAUUAGGUAGACUGAUGUAAGAACUCUACCUCCUAGCCAUGGCCUGUAUGAGAUGGCAAAUGUAUGAAACAAUCAGAUCCUUUUUCAGGGAGGCUGAAAGUGAGGCAUUCAGAAGAAAUGAACAAUUAGAAUUUAGCAAGGCAGACGUGGUGGAUGAAGAAUGUCAGAAACUGAAAAGCAAAAACAAGGAGAAAGCUGCAAAAACCAUGAGGCAUGUGAGAAUGUGGGGCCACAGGUAGCAGAAGCCAUGAAGCAGCAAGACAAUGGGCCAAAAGGACACAGAAGCCAUGAAGCAAUAGGAGCCACGAUGUAGCAGUAGCCUAGAGGAACAGAAACCAUGAGACAAAACCCUGAAUCUGUGAGAUCCAUGAAGCAGCAGAAGGCUUGAACAGACAAGAUCCAUGAGGCAGCAGAAGAAAUGAGACUGCAAGAGCCCCAAGGUAGCUGCAACCUUGUGGCAGUGAGGCAGCAAGAAUCAAAGAGGCAGGAUAGACCAGGCAAGCAGAAAUUACAGCACAGAGAAGCCCCCGAUUAAUUGAAGCUGAAGCUGCAGGAGCCAGGAGGCCCAGAAGCUGUGCCCUGAAGGCCACUGGCUGGCGUGGAGGGGAGCAGAGAGAAGGUAGUCAGUAGCAGUAGGAGGAGUAUAAACACUGCCAGAAAGAAGUUGAGUCACCAUUUUGAGAAGCACUAGAGAAGGGAGCAACAGAUGCCUGCAGCUGAGGGGGUGACAAGAUAAGCCAGGCUCUAGCGCUGCUUUGGAUCAUAAACCAUUUUCAAGUUUCUGUUCUGUGAGGCUGCCUGUGUAGCUGUUUUUGUCUUCCUUAUUUCCCUGUGAAUGCUUCAAUAAAUCUCCAUCACUAAG